AUAGUCUUUUUCUCCCACAAUAAAGGCACAAUUACUAAUUUUAACGGAUUCGGUAAAUAGUACGCUUUGGGGUCAAAGUUGAAACAAUACGCCUUGUUUACACCUCGUCUCGCAACUCGCAAGGAAAAGAGCCACCACUGUACUCACGCCACGCACACGACACCUCAAGGUUCUCCAGGUGGACUCACGCAACCAAAGAAGGGGUCAAGAAAUCUUCGUGACGGCUGACAAAUUUAUGGUAUUUGAGUCUUGCAACUUUGCGAAAAGUAGAACAAGACAAGAGAAGUGCAGCUAUCAUGCCUCUGAAAGGAAUUCCAAGUCAGCUGUCUCCAGAACUGCUGAAGGUUCUUGCUGCUAUGGGCCACGGUGAUGAGCUCAUUCUUGCUGAUGCACAUUUUCCAACAGCUUCUAUUUGUAAAAGUGGCCCUCAAGAAGUGAGAGCAGAUGGCUUGCGUGCUACAGAUUUGCUGAAAGGUGUUAUGCAACUUCUUCCAUUAGACCAGUAUGAAAAAUACCCGGUUGCCAGAAUGGAUCUUGUGCCAUCAGACAAAGAGGCAGGUCUGAAAACGCCCAUAUGGGAUGCCUAUCAGCAGAUCCUGAAUGAAGCUGAAAAAACACAGGUCCAAAUUGAAUAUGUGGAGAGAUUUGCCUUUUAUGAAAGGGCAAAGAAAGCAUUUGCUAUUGUAGCAACAGGGGAAACAGAGCAGUAUGCCAAUAUCAUUUUGAAGAAAGGAUGUCUUGUGUAGAGUUCAUGUUUCACACAUCCCAGUGUCGGGGAAUAAUGGCAUAGCUGCUGGACUUUGGAGACCUCUUCCUUGAAGACAUUCCUGAUGGAGACUUUUCAAGUUUGCACUUUAAUAGGGAACUGUCAUCCUAUCUGCAUUAAUGAAAAAUGUGAUUUACAUUGUGGCAAAUCUGUCCUCUGAGUAGUCUGAGAAACAAGAAUAUUGAUAAAAUGUGCCUUAGUUCAUUAAGUAUGGUAAUGACAGAAAUACGUACUGAUACAUGUGCAUUCAGAGGACAAUUUCAUUGAAGUCGUUUUAUCUAACAGAGGAAACUCCAAAACAUGAGCAGCUGUGUAGUGUAACUGUAACUGUUCCGGGCAUCAUGCAUUAUCAAAUUAAACAUGAAAAAGGGUUUUUCCUUUGGUGAAGGAGCAGUUACCGGUAGAUAGUACAAACUUUGUGAAAAUUUGUGUUUAUUGUCAAGAACCCUGGUAAAUGGUUGCCCUCAUUUUCCUGGAUCUAUAAAAAUCCUCCCAAGUUUGUAAAAUAAUAAAGCUAAUGUAUGAAAAACAGAAAUUUAUGAAGCCUGGCACUAGCAUGCCAUAGACUGGAGGGAAUAUAAAAUGUCAUACUUUGGGAUACAUGUACUUACUUGUUUUUUUUUCUUCUGAGGAAUAUUCUUUUGUUGAAAAUGGUAUUGGUACCUACAUACUGAUCUCUCAUCUCUUUUGAGGAGAAAGUUAUGAUGAAUUGUGGUUGAUGUGAUCAAUGUAGCCAGACUCAUUUUUAUUAUAAUUGCAAUUGCUGUGGAAGCCAUGUCUACCAUUGAAUAUUCUGCUUUUUAUUCAUCAUCAUGUUGCUUAUGUUUUACAAUUAUACAGAGAACGAUGUGAAUUAUACUGCGUACUUACAAAAAAUGUGCGCUACUAGAGAUGCACUACAAAAGAUGAUGAUGGAGAAGCACGUUUUAAAAAAAUGUAAUUGUCAUGAGAUGGGAUUUACUUUUCUUUUUGUUUUUCAAGAGGUGGGAUUUACUUUUAUACUUUUUUGCUGUAAAAUUAAUAAUUAUGCUUUUUUGAUUCUUUGUGAGAGUUUAAGGGGUGAUCUCUCAAUUUGUUGCAAUAAAGUUGCGAAGGUGCUGAUUUCUAUCAGAA